UUUAAAAACAAACUGUUCCCAGACCGGCGGACACGUACGGCACCGCGCUCCACCGCUUAACCCCCGGUCUGCUCCUAAACAGAACCGCUUUAAGCAACUAUACACCAUUUGCGCUGUUUGGACUACUUGACGCACUUUUGGAUGUACUUUUGCUGCGGGUGAAGUUUUGAAUGAAGGCUCCCUGCUGGGACUGGGACUGUGCAGCGGGAGGAGGGGGGGCGGUGUGAGGGGGUCGUCCGGGCUAUCGGAUCUGGGAUCUGCUCACAUUUAUAACCAGACAGACGGCGGUUUGUUCGGGGCAGGACGCACACAAGGACUGUUUACCCGAGUUCCAAACUUUUCUCAUCUGUUCCUCGGAUCCUAAACCGGACCGGAUCACAGAGAAAAGUUUCCUCUGGACUUUGGACUGUGCGCUCUGGACUGUGCGCUCUCAUUUCACUCCGGAAUAAAUACUCUUUUUUUGCGGCAUCAAAAUGGAUAAAUACGAAGAUUUAGGACUCGAGGCAAGUAAGUUCAUCGAGGAUCUUAACAUGUAUGAAGCUUCCAGAGAUGGUUUAUUUCGAAUGAAGAGAGAUGCGGGAAAUAACCCAGACUUUGAGGAGACCAGGAGGGUUUUUGCGUCAAAAAUGACCAAAAUACACAUGCAGAAACACCAAGAAGAAAUGGCAAAGAACAACCAGGCAAUGAAAAUGAAUGGGGGUCACAACAGCACAUAUUACACUAAAGACAGGCCGCCCAUUAACAGCUUCAGACAGCCGGGAGAAGCGGCAGCAAAGCCCCCGAUCCUGUCUGGCCCUGUGCCGGGGUCCACGGCCGGGAGUCAGUACGCACAGUUGGACGGCCAGAAGCACCACACAGGCAUCCAGUCUGAGCCUCCAGCAGCCAGGGCAUAUGGCUACGGAAACAAUUACGAUAAUAAGGAGCGUCUAGAGCCUCAUUCAUACCAGUACAACACCCCUACUCCCCCCAGCGCGCCCACACAUGCUCGUCACCCGUCCAACCACUCUGCGUCCUGGGCCCCAUCCAGAGAGAGCCAACUUUCCCAAAGUUUGUCUGGGGGAAGCAGUGCACCUUCCCAGCAGCCUGCACCUCCCAUCAUCAACAGCCUUACAUCCCAGCAGAAUCAAGCUGCGGCCCCAACAGUGAACCGCACUCCCUCCUCCGCCUCUUCCUCCUCCUCCUCCUCCUCCUCCUCCACUGCUGGAUCACCCAAACCAGAGCCCAUCCCUACCCUGCCUCUGAGUGCCUUCACAGGAGGAGCUGAUUUCCACGUGCGUCAGCCCUCCACACAGUCUGCAGCUCAUUACACACCACCUUCUCCAACUUCCAGAGCUUCUGCCAGCCUGUCUGACCCUCCACAUAAUGGUCCUUCCUCUCUCUUACAAGCAACAACCCACCCUAAACCUCAAGUCACAUCCGCUGCUUUGAGCUCGGGAAGUGUCUCCAAAAGCACCAGCCAAGGUCAAAGUCACAACCAAACCCCCAGUUGUGGACUGGCUGCCACUGCUGAACCUGAAGCCCUGACUGCCCCUAAACCUGUGCAACUGCACUGCCAGUCUCCUCUCAUGCAGCCCCUUGAACAGGGGCCCUCGCCAGCUGAAAUAAAAUUAGAAGCUCUCACUAAGCGGCUGGAAAAAGAGAUGGAUACACAACCAAAGGCAGAUUUCUUUGGAACCUGUGUUAAGUGUAACAAGGCAGUGUAUGGCGCCAACCAGGCCUGCCAGGCUAUGGGGAGCCUCUACCACGACAACUGCUUCACUUGCAGUGCCUGCAGUCGGAAACUCAGAGGGAAGGCGUUCUACUACGUUGGAGGGAAGGUUUUCUGUGAAGAGGACUUUCUGUACUCUGGCUUCCAGCAGUCUGCAGACAAGUGCAAUGCAUGUGGACAUCUGAUCAUGGACAUGAUCUUGCAGGCCCUUGGGAAGUCGUACCACCCCGGCUGUUUCCGCUGUGUCAUCUGUAAUGAGAGCCUUGAUGGAGUGCCUUUCACUGUGGACACUGAGAAUAAGAUCUACUGUGUCAAAGACUACCACAGGGUCCUGGCUCCAAAAUGUGCCGCCUGUAACCAGCCCAUCCUGCCCUCAGAGGGGUCUGAUGAAACCAUUCGAGUUGUUUCCAUGGACAAAGACUAUCAUGUGGAAUGCUAUCACUGUGAGGAUUGUAAGAUGGAGCUGAAUGACGAGGAGGGUCACCGCUGUUACCCUCUGAACGGCCACCUUCUGUGCCACUCCUGCCACCUGAAGCACAUAGAGCCCAGCAGCUCCUCUGCCAUGGCUGCUGUCUCAUACUAACUCCACUCUAAGGGGAGGAGGACACCCGGUGGAUUUAUGGAGCAACUGCUGAAGAGUGACAUACUGCAGGAGUGGGCGUGUACAAUUCUUGUUGUAGAGGAUUGGUGUAUUUAAUGCAUCCAAUAGCACUAUAGUUUGAUGUUUAUUUUGAUAGAAUUGUUAUUGAAGUACCCUUUAUGCAAAGUAUCAUAUGACUAAUGAAGUAUUGUUCUACACCAAAGCCCUGAUGUGUCUACUAUAUGCACCUGACUUUGCAGAGACAUUACCGUAUUAAUAUUUUUUCUGUAAAUAUCAUUUGCAAUGGCUGUAGUCAUUUCUUAAUAACUCUUUUAAAAUAUUGUGCCUUUUACUUCAUAUUUACACCUCUACUGUUACCAGUGCUGUUAAAAUAGUCCACAUAUCAUCUAUUCAUACAGUUGGAAUAAUAAUGACACAAGAUUUACAGGAAAUAUGUGAAGUCCAAUAGAAUGUGACACUGAUCAUAGGUACCUAAAGUGGCAGUCAGAAUGAGAAGACACUCUUCUACGCUGUUUUAAAAUAAUGCUUCAUAGAUGCUCGAUGAAAGGCCUUUAUUAGCUGAUGUGAAUGCAUAUAAUAAGCAUUGUUCAUUUUUUAUAUGCAAAUACCAGAGUGCAAUAACUUUUGAACACAGUUAUCCUACACAAACUUUCAACAAGGCCAAUUUUCACUUUUUUGGUGAGUAGGCAUGCUUUUAAUAUGGUUAAGUUAUAUAUACUACAUAGACCCACUGUAGUAAAUAAAAGGCAAUUUCUUUUCCACAUGCAGUCUGUUUUUUAGCACUUAAAAGGUAUGUGGGAUUUAAGGUGCAUCUUGUGCCUCUCAUUCUGUGCAGGUUUUUACAUUCAAAAAUGAUUUUCAAACAUUGUGCAUAGGUUAUACUGUAAGCCUAUACUCCUUUUCUAAUGUUUUAUUUAAACUUUUGUGCAAAAUGCCUUAAAUGCUCUAUGGAUUUACUGUGGGAAGUGGGCCUACAGUUGUGUUUCUCUACCUUUGCCAUCCACAAUAAUCUCUUGAAUUUGCUAACUUCAUAUGUUGUUCUUUAGGACCUUAUUUCAUACCUAGCUGUAGAUUAAAAUGAAGAGCAAGCAUAAAUAUAUUUGCUGUUGAUUGUAAAGAAAGUAUUUAAUAAAUGCAUUACAGUAGAUCAAA